CUUCAGUUCAGCGCGAGUCUUCAGCGGUGUUCGGUACAGAAACUCAGCCUGUGGACGUUUCACCAAAACACCGCGUUUAGAAAUGAGUUCUGUGUCUGCUUCGUGUCCGGUGUAGAGGAUUAAUGUGUUUACUAGCCGUACGUGUGUAAAGAGUAACUUUAUAAGUGAGUGUGUGGGACGUUUAUUGACCAUGAAGCUUCCACUCCUCCUGCCUGGGCUUCUAACUUUGUGCCUCGCUCACAGUGUGUGUGGCAGCACGGAAUGUUCAUGUGGGAAGAAUCACUUUACGUGUGCGGUGAGUGUGUUUGGUGAGUGCACCUGCAUCCCGGCACAGUGGCAGUGUGACGGAGACAACGACUGCGGAGACCACAGUGACGAGGACGGCUGCAUGCUGCCCACUUGCUCUCCCCUGGAUUUCCACUGUGAUAACGGGAAGUGUAUCCGGCGCUCGUGGGUGUGCGACGGAGACAAUGACUGCGAGGACGACUCGGAUGAGCAGGACUGUCCUCCUCGAGAGUGUGAAGAGGACGAGUUUCACUGUCAGAAUGGUUACUGCAUCCGCAGCCUGUGGCACUGUGACGGAGACAACGACUGUGGAGACAACAGUGAUGAACAGUGUGACUUGAGGAAGUGUUCCGAUAAGGAAUUCCGCUGCUCUGAUGGAAGCUGUAUAGCUGAGCACUGGUACUGUGAUGGGGACACGGACUGUAAAGACGGAACAGACGAGGAGAACUGCCCUGCAGACGUCAUGGCCGCUACAUGCAGUGUGGAAGAGUUCCAGUGUGCCUACGGUCGCUGCAUUCUGGACAUUUACCAUUGCGACGGAGACGACGACUGUGGAGACUGGUCUGAUGAGUCUGACUGCUCUUCUCACCAGCCGUGUCGUUCAGCCGAGUUCAUGUGUAACAGUGGAAUGUGCAUUAACGCUGGAUGGAGAUGUGAUGGAGAGUUUGACUGUGACGACCAAUCAGAUGAGAACAACUGCACUGUACCUGUAUGUAUGGCUGAACAGUUCCGCUGUGCAUCUGGUCGCUGUGUAAGGUUGUCAUGGAGAUGUGAUGGUGAGGAUGACUGCACUGAUGGCAGUGAUGAAGAGGGCUGUGACAAAAAUGGAGGUUCGGCUCCGUCCUGUGCAUCUGAUCAGUUCCAGUGUGGAAACGGUCGCUGCAUCGGCCAGCGCAAAGUGUGCAAUGACCUCAACGACUGUGGAGACGGAACAGAUGAACAUCCGCACCAGGAAUGCCGGCCCCGGUCGACUGAGGGGAACUGUAACAUCGGUAACGGCGGCUGCUCUCAGAAGUGUCAGAUGUCUCGAGGCCUGGUUCAGUGUAGCUGCCACACCGGAUACAGACUGAAAGAAGAUGGCAAGACCUGCCAAGAUGUGGAUGAGUGUGCUGAGGACGGUUACUGCAGUCAGGGCUGUACCAAUACAGAGGGGGGCUUCCAGUGCUGGUGCGUUCAGGGUUACGAACUCAGACCUGACAAACGUAGCUGCAAAGCUCUGGGUCCAGAGCCGGUGUUGUUGUUUGCGAAUCGGAUCGAUAUCCGACAGGUUCUGCCUCACCGCUCAGAGUACACACUGCUACUGAAUAAUCUGGAGAACGCCAUUGCACUCGACUUCCACCACAGCAAGGAGCUGGUCUUCUGGUCCGACGUCACGCUCGACCGCAUCAUGAAAGCCAACCUGAAUGGCAGCAAUGUGGAGGAGGUGGUGUCCACCGGGCUGGAGAGUCCAGGAGGUCUGGCAAUAGACUGGAUCCAUGAUAAGCUCUACUGGACCGACUCAGGCACGUCACGCAUCGAGGUGGCCAACCUGGACGGUUCACACCGCAAAGUGUUGAUUUGGGAGAGUAUGGAGAAACCCCGGGCUAUUGCUCUGCACCCCAUCGAAGGGAAGAUCUACUGGACGGACUGGGGAAACACGCCGAGGAUUGAGUACGCUAACAUGGACGGCUCGGGACGCAAGAUCAUCGCCGACACCAACCUGUUCUGGCCCAACGGACUCACCAUCGAUUAUGCCGGUCAUCGCAUGUACUGGGUGGACGCCAAGCAUCACGUGAUCGAGAGAGCCGAUCUGGACGGGAAAAACCGCAAAGCCGUCAUCAGCCAAGGUCUCCCGCACCCAUUUGCCAUCACUGUGUUUGAGGACAGUCUGUACUGGACCGACUGGCACACAAAGAGCAUCAACAGCGCCAACAAAUUCACCGGCAAGAACCAGGAGAUCAUCCGCAACAAACUGCACUUCCCCAUGGACAUCCACACACUGCAUCCUCAGAGACAACCUGCAGGUGGACGGAAUCGCUGUGGCUCUAAUAACGGCGGCUGCAGUCACCUGUGUCUCCCGAGCAGUAAGGCGUACACUUGCGCCUGUCCCACCGGCUUCAGGAGAGUGGACCAGUACAGCUGUGCUCUGAGUCUUGACAAGUUCCUGCUUUUCGCCCGGAGGACGGACAUCCGUCGCAUCAGCUUCGACACUGAUGACAAAUCGGAUGACGUCGUCCCGCUGGCGGACGUUCGUAACGCUGUGGCACUCGACUGGCACGCCGAGGACGAGAAGAUCUACUGGACCGACGUCACCACCGAUUCGAUCAACCGUGCACUGUGGAACGGGUCGGAACAGGAAGUUGUGGUGGACACGAGUCUGGAAAGUCCUGCAGGUCUCGCUAUUGACUGGCUCACACACAAACUCUACUGGACUGAUGCAGGUACAGAUCGCAUCGAGGUGUCCAACACAGACGGCAGCAUGCGCACGGUGCUCAUUUGGGAGAACCUGGAUCGACCUCGAGACAUCGUGGUGGAUCCUAUAGGAGGUUUCAUGUACUGGACAGACUGGGGAGCGAACCCUAAAAUCGAGCGAGCCGGAAUGGACGCGUCCAAUCGCAUUGUCAUCAUCUCCACCAACCUGACGUGGCCCAACGGAUUAGCAAUCGAUUACGAGACGCAGCGGCUUUACUGGGCCGACGCCGGCAUGAAGACCAUCGAGUUUGGAAACUUCGAUGGCUCGGACAGACAGGUGCUGAUCGGCAGCCAGCUGCCGCAUCCGUUUGGUCUCACGCUGCACGGAGACAAGAUCUUCUGGACUGACUGGCAGUCCAAGAGCAUCGAAAGUGCAGACAAAUUGACCGGUUUGGGACGAAGCACGUUAGUGGACAACUUGGAGAACCUCAUGGACAUCCACGUGUUCCACAGACACAGAGAAGCAGUCCAGACCGAGUGCUCAGUGAAUAACGGUGGCUGCAGUCAUCUGUGUUUAUUGGCUCCUGCACCUAAAGGCUCCAGCUGUGCUUGUCCUACUGGAAUAAACCUUCAGUUGGACGGAAAAACCUGCACUCCAGGAAUGAGCAGUUUCCUGAUCUUCGCACGGAGGACAGACAUUCGGAUGGUUUCUCUCGACAUCCCUUAUUUCGCCGACGUAGUGUUGGCUGUUAACGGCUCCAUGAAAAACACCAUCGCCAUCGGCGUGGAUCCCAGAGAGGGUAAAGUGUAUUGGUCAGACAGCACAUUAAAGAAGAUCAGCAGAGCAAACAUGAAUGGCUCCGGACAGGAGGAUGUCAUUUCCACUGGUCUGAUGACGACUGAUGGUCUAGCUGUCGACUCAGUAGGAAGGAAGAUCUAUUGGACUGAUACAGGAACCAACCGCAUCGAAGUGGCUAAUCUGAACGGCUCUAUGAGGAAAGUUCUGGUGUGGAGAAACCUUGACAGCCCGCGUGCCAUUGCUCUGUAUCAUGAAAUGGGCUUCAUGUACUGGACAGACUGGGGUGAGCACGCCAAGCUGGAGCGAGCGGCGAUGGAUGGAUCUGACCGCGUGGUUCUGAUCAAUAAUAAUCUGGGCUGGCCGAACGGACUCGCCAUAGACAAAGCUGGGUCGCUGCUCCUCUGGGCCGAUGCCCACACAGAGCGAAUUGAAGCAGCGGAUCUGAACGGGUCAAACCGCAGGACGCUGGUUUCUCCGGUUCAGCACCCAUACGGCCUUACGCUGCUCGGGCCGCACAUAUAUUGGACCGACUGGCAAAGUCGCAGCAUCCAGAGAGCAGACAAAAACACAGGAGACAAUAUCAUCACUGUCCGAUCAAACCUACCCGGGCUCAUGGACAUCCAGGCCAUGGACCGAGACAGACCUCUAGGUUUUAAUCGCUGUGGUCGGAAUAACGGCGGCUGUUCCCACCUGUGUCUGCCGCGUCCCAACGGCACGUCCUGCGCUUGCCCUACAGGCAUUGUGCUGAAGAGUGACGGCAGGUCAUGUGACGAUGUUCCUGAGUCUUAUCUGCUUUUCUCCAACCGCGUCAGCGUGCGCCGCAUAUCUCUGGACACCAACGACCACACGGACGUCCACAUCCCCGUCCCCGAGCUGCACAACGUCAUCUCGCUCGACUACGACAGCGUUCAGGGCAAACUGUACUACACCGACGUCUCUCUGGACGUCAUCAGACGGGUGAAUUUGGAUGGGAGUGGGAUGGAGACGGUGGUCAGUCAGGGUCUGAAGACUACAGACGGCCUGGCCGUCGACUGGGUGGCCAGGAAUAUGUACUGGACCGACACGGGUCGAAACACCAUUGAGGUUUCCAGGCUGGACGGAUCAGCACGAAAAAUCCUGAUCAACAACAGCCUGGAUGAGCCGAGAGCCAUCGCCGUGUUCCCCAGUAAAGGGUAUUUGUUCUGGACAGACUGGGGUCACAUUGCUAAAAUUGAACGCGCUAAUCUGGACGGUUCGGACCGCAAAGUUCUGAUCAACACAGACCUCGGCUGGCCGAACGGACUCACACUCGAUUAUGACACUCGCAGGAUCUUCUGGGUGGACGCACAUCUGGACCGCAUAGAAAGUUCCGACCUGAUCGGCAAACUGCGCCAAGUCCUGGUCACUCCUGUAUCACACCCGUUUGCUCUCACUCAGCAAGACCGCUGGAUCUACUGGACAGACUGGCAAACCAAAUCAAUCCAGCGUGUAGAUAAACACACGGGCCGCAACAAGGAGACCGUGCUCGCUAACGUAGAGGGGUUAAUGGACAUUAUAGUGGUGACACCAAACCGGCAGUCUGGCACUAAUCACUGCGGAGUGAAUAACGGAGGCUGUACGCACCUCUGCUUCGCCAAGUCCAACGGGUUUGUGUGUGCGUGUCCGGACGAGCCGGACGAGCGGCAGUGCUCCACCAUUGCCGGUUACAUUCCCGUUGGGCCGAACAAAGUGACCACUGGCACUGAAGCUCCUAACAAACGCGCAAAACCGCCAACAGUCAAACCUCCGCAGGGUCGACCUGCACAGAACUGUACAGAGAAAAGCGGCGUUGUGGUUGACUGCAUUCAGACCAACGUAGUGUCCGCGCCUCACGGUGAAGGCCUUCACAUCAGCUAUGUGAUCGGAGGAGCACUGACGGUGCUGGCCAUCCUCAUCCUCAUCGCCGUCUUCAUCAUUUACAGGCACAAAAAAUCGAAGUUUGCUGAUCCCGGAGUGAGCAACCUGACGUACAGUAAUCCCUCCUACAGAACGUCAACACAGGAAGUGAAAAUAGAAACCGUGCAGAAACCACCGAUGUACAACCAGCUACGAUAUAAAAAAGAGGAGGGCAGUUACACCAGUGAGAAGAUCCGUAUAGUGGAGGGGGUGUGUCUUCUCUCAGGGGAGGAGCUUUACUGGGAGGAUCUGAAGCAGCUAAAAGUGUGUCGAGGAGGCACCUUUAAAACUUGCAUGCGCACGGACACCGUAUCUUUACAGGCAAGCUCCGCCUCCCUCCAGGCAAGCUCCGCCUCUUUGGAUGACACAGAGACCGAACAGCUGCUUCAAGGCGACCAAUCAGAAUGCUCGAGUCUGAACACUGCCCCCGUAACCACGCCCAAACGCCACAGCACUCUCCCUGACACAGGCUGGGUCCCUAAUCGCAAACCCUCAACUGAGAGCGAAGUGUAAAGCACACACACACACACACACACACACACACACACACACACACACACACACACAGGCCCACCAUCCAGUAUCUUCAGUGGACGGACAAUGCUGACUAGUACAGAGAAAUACGAACAAUGCAAAAGAGCAACACAGACAAUUUAAGAGAUAUCGAUAUAACAGUAUACUGAGAACUAUUUGUGUUUUUUUGUAAACAAAGACAGAUUUUCGUGUAAAAAGUGACAUGCUUUUUCUUUUAACGGUUGCUGCGACCUCUCGUCACUCAUCUUACCUUUACCAAUUUUAUUUAUCUAAAUAUUAUCGUUAGUUCUUAAAGUGCUAAAACUGCUAAAGGCCUCAUGGGACUCGGACAAACGACUGCGCCCAAGUACCGAGCGCCGUCCUGGUGCUUUCUGAACCUCCUGAGUGAGAGAGAGACGCAACAUAAACCGCCUCAUGAUGAAUACGUUGCUUCCUUUUGCUCAUCAUCUGUCUCCGAGUUUGAAUGUUUUACUCUCUUUUUUUAUGUACUUGACUGACUGUUAAAACGGAGGAACAGUAAAAAUUGAUUCGCUCACACACACACACACACACACACAAUCCAUUCUAAGAGUUGAGAGAAAACCGGAAAACCCAGAUGACACUCACACACACACACACACACGGUCCUCAUAGCCCAACGGAAGCCAUUCGGUCAACAGUUCUUUCUGUUUUCCUGUGCUAUUUUCUCCACAGUACCAUUUCUUUUUGUCCUUAUCUGAUCUGAAAAACCCAAAGGUUAUUUACUAAGAUCAUGAAGCAGCCACACAAAAACAUCACAUCAGUGUGAUCUUGCAGCUAGCAUGCAUCACUGUGUUCAUUUAAUCUGAGCCAUGCGAAAGGUUCGAAUAAAUUUAAACAAUUUCUGUUUGAAAUAGAGAUGUGGCCAAAAAUAUUGGGUUUAAUUACAGUGUUUAAAACCAGCAAAUAUCAUGAACAGCACAGAAAUAUAUUGAAAUAUCUCUGUAUUGAAAACAGCUUGUCCCGGGGGCUCAGAACGAGACGACUAGUGUAUUAUUUUUGACCAAGCUGUUCCUUAAUCCAUGGAGGAUUUUACCUAAACUAAAUCAUCACGAUGCACAACCAAUUUAAGUAUUGUGUGGGGAUUAUUUUUUUAAUCAUUUUAUUUCAGUUUAUCACUUGUACAAAAGACUGUAUUACACACACACACACACACACACAAAGCUGUACGAAGGAAGUGAACAUGCUCGAUGAUGAUGUUUUCCUCACUGCAUAUUUAUGUUUCUGGAGUUGUGCUUGGAGCACACAGUGUACCCCAAGCAUUUUUUUUCUUCAGUGAAUGGACUGACACACACACACACACACACACACACUAUGCUAUAGAUCAGUGAUGUAUUGAAGUUCAUUUCUCAAGUUUCAGCACAAUGCUGAUUCGCUGCUACCCCACACAAACACACACACACACACACACACACAGAGGGCAUGUGCCAGUAACGGGUGUUAUUUCAGUACACUGUAAUAUUCCCUACAGUAUUUCUGCCUAGAUGACUGACACCGCUCUCCCCAGCACAGUUUACUCAGGUGAGCAAGAAACAAGUAAACAAAAAAAUGUCUUCCGUCAGGAUCAAUAAAGUUUCUGUCUGUCGGCAGACGUGUCUGUGUGCGCCGUCACUAGAAUCUAUAAUGUGUGCGUGAGUGUGUUUGUGAGUGUUCGUGCGUGUGUGUGCGUGUGAGAUUGUACGUGUGUGUGUGUGAGUGAGAGAGAGUAUUUUAAUUUUGGCACAUGCCCCACUGACUGACUGACUGACUGACACACACACACACACACACAGGGCUGGACAGAGGAAGUGAUGGACCCGGCAGCUACUUCAGCUUCGGCUCUCUGCUUCUUUUCUCUUCUCCUUAAAUCUGCCUCUUGUUCUGUUUUAGCGACACAUUUCAAAUCGAGCGACACACAAACAGCUGUACAGAACUGCAGAUGCAUUUGUACGUGUUAAAAGAUCUUAUUGUUAUUGUAUAGUUCCUCUUUUUUGUACAAAGGGAGUUUUUUAAAAUUGUGUUUUAAAGGAUUGUGAACAUUUUUCUAAUUUAUUAACACAAAGUCAGAUAGAAAGUCGGCUUCGUUUUGAUGUUUCAUUUUCUUCUCUGUGUGCAGCUUUACCUGCAUCAAUAAUAAUAAUAAUAAUAAUAAUAAUAAUAAUAUUUUAGAAAUGGGAUUAACAGCUAAUAUUUACUAUUUAUUUAGUUUGAAGUGAUUUCUUUUAAAUGAGCAGUACAAUGUAACAGGCAGGAGUGAACAUCAUGUCACUGAACUCACAGCUCUUCAACAUUUUGCUUCAAAUCAUCAUCAAUCUGAAUCUUUUGGUAAAACAGCUGUUGCUGUGUUCCAGUAGAUUUAUUACAAUACUUUUAUUCGUGUUUAUCGAAAUGAACUCCAUGCGGUAGCUGAAGGACGUUUUUUGGAACAAAAAUUUCUAAGUCUACAUUUUAAGUCUAAAUCGAACUUUUCCACCUGGUUCCGUGACGAGUUUCAUUCCUGAGCUGUAGAAAAGCAGAGAAUUUGAGAUCCGUCUCCAAACACGGACUUGGAACGGCAGCUUCUGCACGCAGAGAAGAAAUAAACCGGCGAGUUUCUCCUCCUGACUUUGUGAAAGAAAAGAAAAGCAUUUCAUUGCCAGUUCCCUGAACAGUCCCUUUCUUUUCACUCACUGGAGAUGACUUUAAUGAACCAUUUUUGGAGUCGUGCCAUUUAUUUAACGCCGUGCUCUUUAUGUCUCAAAUAACUCAGUACACAUGAAACUGUUGUAAAGUUAAGAGAUAUUUAUAAUUCCUUUUGUUUUUGUUGGGUGUAAAUAUGAAAAGUCUGUAUAUGAAUUUUCUGCUUUGCGAUACUAACAAGCUGUGUUGUGUGACCGUGAUUUAGUUCUUUGCUAUCUUUUAAUAUAAAACUGCAUUUGCAUCUGAAUAGAAAUGGAGUACGCUGCUGUUAUUGUUUUUUGUUGUUUGUUUUUGUGUGUCUGUAAUAACGAACCAAUUUAAACAGUACGUUUCAUUCUGAAGUUAAAAUUCGACCUGUUAAAAGACCAACUGCACGUGUUUAAUUUGCACAGAUGAAUAAUAUUACUGGAGAUGACAUAGCGAAGCUCCACACAUCAUUCAUGCUUUUAAUAAAACAGACAUUUUUAAUCCAGGUCUUUUUCGGAUUCUAGAAGAACCUUGUAAUUGGAAAAUCUAACCUUAAAAAGAACCUGCAGUUACGUAAACAUGGCAGACACGAGCAAGAAAUUCAGCCUUGGAGAAACGCUCUCAUUCUCUUUAACAUUAAUUCUGAUAAAGAAACAAUAAGUUGGAAAGUUGAUCUGACAAAAAUGUAUAAGUAUUUAAGAUUUGGAAUAAGAGGCAGAGCUCAAAGGAGCCCAUGAAAAAAUGCUAAAGCUGAGGAAAAAUGUAUUGGAAAAAGGACUGUAUUAUAUGAAUGUAUGUUACUGCGAGGACUGCAGAGAUCAAUCUGAACAUCAAUUACACACAAGUUUUCUAACUAACAUAAAGAAAAGUGGUCAAAGUUGGCAACCUCUGCAUAUUUAUUAAUAAACAAACCACUGCUAUUGUCUACUGGA